AUGCCUCCCAAACAUGACUGUUUUCCCCCCCGUCGAACUCUUUUGCUAACAAAGAGACCACAAAAGGCCGCCGCUUUCACCUCCAAGCAGAAGCUCGCGCUUGCCAUUUGCGAGUUUCUCAGCACGUCCUCCACCGACGGCACCUUGACCGCCGACGACAAGGACUCCAUCGACGUAGCCGUCAACUGCAUCGCCGAGUCCUUCAAGGUCGACCCCACCGAUAAGGCUGCCGUUGCCUCGGCCAUUGGCGCCCAGAACCUGCUGCAAAUCUACUCCGUCUACGAAGUCGCCAAAUCCCGCAACAACCCCGCCGCGUCCACACCCGCCGCCGCCGCCGCGACCGCGGCCUCUGAAGAAGCCGCCCCCGCCAUCUCGGAGGAGAAGAAGCGCGAGGCCGACGGCCUCAAGUCCCAGGGCAACGCCGCCAUGGCCCAAAAGGACUACGCCACCGCCAUCGACCUCUACACGCAGGCCCUCGCCCUGCACCCGCGCAACGCCGUCUUCCUGUCUAACCGCGCCGCCGCCCAUUCGGCCGCCAAGGACCACGCCAGCGCAAAGACUGACGCCGAGGCCGCCGUCGCCAUCGACCCUGCCUACACGAAAGCUUGGUCGCGUCUCGGCCUCGCGCGCUUCGCACUCGGCGACGCAAAGGGCGCGAUGGAGGCCUACGCCAAGGGCAUCGAGUACGAGGGCAAUGGCGGCUCAGACGCCAUGAAGAAGGGAUACGAGACGGCUAAGCGCCGCGUCGAGGAGACGAGUGGCGACGCUGGUGAGGUUGAUGAUGUGGCGGCGCGCGGCGCGCCCGGUGCGGGGGCCGGUGGUAUGCCUGAUUUCGCGAGCCUCGCGAGCAUGUUUGGCGGUGCCGGUGCUGGCGGCGCAGGAGGUGCUGGCGCGGGCGGCAUGCCCGAUCUCAGCUCCAUCAUGAGCAACCCCAUGUUCGCAAGCAUGGCCCAAAACUUGAUGAGCAACCCCGAAAUGAUCAACAACCUCAUGAGCAACCCGCGUAUCCGCGACAUGGCCAACCAGUUUGGCUCCGGAGGCGGCAUGCCCGACCUCAACAGCCUUAUGAGCGACCCCAACGUUGCCGAAAUGGCCCGCAAUAUGAUGGGCGGUGGUGGUGCUCCUCCUGGUGGCGCUGGCGGUCCUGGCGCUGGACGUUGA